UUAUCUCCCGAUUAAUUGUCAAAUGCACGUUACGGCGUCUUCUCUCGCUUUCUAUCCUUCUCCCUGCCAAUUUACAACAAUGCCCUUCUCCCUCCAUCACGCCGUCAACCCCACUCUUCUCCCCGUCUCCUUCCACCGCUUUCUCCUUCGGCUUCUCCUUCGGCAGAACUCGCCUGAGAUGCCUCAGAUUGGUUACUUCAUGCGUCGCCUCCGUACAAAGCACCAUCGCUAAUGGUUCCGCCCCAGCUCCUGUUGUCGUGGAGAGAGAGCAGAUUCGUCUUGGUCUUCCUAUCAAAGGACGCAUGGCCGCCGACGCCAUCGAUCUUCUCAAGGUCUGUCAACUAUUUGUCAAACAAGUCAAUCCAAGGCAGGAAGUGAAAAAGUACAGAGAAGUGAUGAGGAGGCUCAGGGACUGCGCGAGAGCGACGUUUCUUGAGUUCAAGAGUGCUAUUGCUUCUGAUGUCUCCUCUCAUCCUUUCCCUGGAGGAGCGGUUCACCCGCUUACGAACUAUGUGAUGAACUACCUCAUGGCGUUGACGGACUUUAGCCAAACCCUCGGCUCGCUUCUCAUGGAGCACGAGGAUGUAGAGGAUCUCACAAUACCUCCUUCGCCGCCAGAUGCUAUUAAUCCAGAGGAAGAAGAGUUUACCUACGAUUCGCCAGAGAAGUUUGUGGCGAUGAAGCGACAUUUCUGCUCUAUAGCUUCGGUUCUUGAAGCUAACCUUCAAAUGAAGUCGAAGCUGUACAGAGACGUAUCUCUGAGGCACAUCUUUCUUCUCAACAACAUACACUACAUGACCAGGAAAAGUUGGUUGAGGAGAUGACUAACUUUUCAGGAGAAACUACAUGACCACAAGAUUCUUUUUUCACUGAACCCAACUUCUAUAGUUACCUCUCAUUCUAAAUGUACUUCUUUUUCAUAUUACAGUAUACACCUGCGAUUGAUAUCUAGAGUGUUGGUUGCUUUUUUGCGGAAAUGCUUUUGGGUAAGCCUUUGUUUCCCGGGAAAAACUUGGUGCACCAAUUGGAUCUUAUGACUGACUUCGUUGGCACUCCACCUCCUGAGUCUAUAUCAAGAAAUGAAAAGGUGAGUAGGUAUCUUAGCAGCAUGAAGAAAAAACACAGUCCCUUUCUCUCAUAAGUUCCCUAAAGCUGAUCCUUUGGCUCUCCGCCUUCUUGAACGCCUGCUUGCCUUUGAUCCCAAAGACCGUGCAUCUGCUGAAGAUGCACUAUCUGAUCCAUACUUCAGUGGUCUGUCAAACUCAGAGCGUGAAACAUCAACACAGCCAAUCUCAAAGCUUGAGUUUGAUUUCGAGAGAAAGAAGUUAACAAAAGAUGAUGUCAGAGAAUUAAUCUACCGAGAGAUAUUGAAGUAUCAUCCUCAGAUGUUGGAGGAAUUCAAGCGCGGUGGUGAUCAGCUUAGCUUCAUGUACCCUAAGUUAGCUUCAAUAUUUAUAGAACAUAUUUUAUUUAAAUAAUGAUUUUUUUUUGGGGAAAAAUAUGCAAUCUAAUUUUAUUCAAUAAUUAGUAUAUGUUACUCAUA